GUUUUGAACAGCAACUUCGGAAACUGUGGCAAUUUCUUCCUUGCAGCGCCUUUCUCCUAAAUCUUCGAAGCUGGAAUGUCAGGAGAUAUUCCAGUAAAGGUCUUCAUAAGGUCGAGGCCAUUCAGCGAGCGGGAGAAGCUAGAGAAUGCGCGAGAAUGUCUGCAGUUUUUUGUCGAGUCCAACCAGCUUUCUUGCAAUGGGAAGAUGUUUGCUUUUGAUGGGGUGUUGGAUCCUUCUACACCACAAGACACGGUGUACGACGUGACAGCUUCUUCUCUUCUAGAGCAAUUUUUGAAAGGUUUCAACUGUACGGUGCUUGCUUAUGGACAAACGGGAAGCGGCAAAACGUAUACAAUGGGAACCGAGGAAACUACGAAUAGCAUGACGAGUGAUACUAGGGGAAUAAUUCCACGACUGGUGGAUGCGCUGUUCCGACAGAUUUGCGAAUGCGAUUCAAAUAUCAAAUUUCAAGUAUUUGUCUCGAUGCUGGAGAUUUAUGACGAGAAAGUUCACGAUCUGCUGUGCCCAUCGAAAGAGCCUCUGCAAGUGCGAGAGCAAAAUGGAAUGGUCUUUGUGCAAGGACUGUCCAAAAGCAGAGUGGGUAACCUAGUCGAAACGAUGGCCCAGCUCGAGAAAGGAGGGGUUUUGCGGAGUAAAGGUGGUACAGCAAUGAACGCCCAAAGCAGCAGAUCUCAUGCGAUCUUCACCAUAACUCUGGAAAAGUCGGACAUUAGCGAUGAGCAAAGCUGUUUCACAGCAAAGCUGCACUUGGUUGAUCUCGCAGGAUCAGAGAGACUGAAGAAAACCCAAGCUGAAGGCACUCGAAUGAUGGAGGGUAUACGUAUCAAUGAAGGUCUUCUGGCGCUCGGGAACGUUAUUUCCGCUUUGUCAGAACCAGGAGGGAAUCGGCAUAUACCUUACAGGGACUCGAAAAUAACUAGAUUAUUGCAAGAUUCACUCGGCGGUAAUUCUUACACACUUAUGAUUGCCUGUGUCUCACCGGCUGACUCAAAUGCAGAGGAAACAUUGAGCACACUCAGAUAUGCUGAUCGUGCAAAGAAAAUCAAAAAUAAGCCCAUUGUCAAUGUCGAUCCUGUUCAGCAAAGGAUGCAGGAGCUCAAAGAGAAGGUAGCUUCUCUAGAAAGAGAGCUGGCAGAAGUCCGCAUGGGGAUUGCACCUUGUUCCGGGGAUGGCAGUUUGAGUUCGAUUGAAGUUGCUGAGUUGAGGUCUGCACUAGCAGAAAAAGAACGUCAAUUGAACGAAGCUCAUGGAAAAACCGCUGAGGCUAUCUGUCAGAAGGUCAGUCUCCUCAAUCAGCUCCAACAUGUUGAGUCACAGAAGGAACGAUUCAAAACCGUCGUGAACCAAACAAUCGAAAUGAUAAGGAACAGUGGAGAAGUGGAACAACAUGACCUCGUCCAGCAAAUAUCAGAGAUUCUUACCGAACAAGUUUUGGAUGAAGAGGAGAAAGACCCAUCAAUAGCAAAGAUCCACCAUGCAGACACUGAUGAAGAAGGCGCUAUGGACGAAACAUUCAGCAUAAAAUUUGUUGACCAGCAAGCUUCUUUGAACAAGGAGUUAGAAGAAGUAAUGCGCCAAAUAACAGAUAAGGAAGACAUCUUGAGAAAAGCUGUGGAAAAUCAAAAGAACGUUGACGAGCUCUUGAAAAGACAUGAGCAAGAAAUGGGCGAGUUACAAAAACGCAUAGAUGCACUUUUAGCUGAAAAAUUGAAGUUAGAAGCAGACCUCAAGAAGUUCUCUGUAAACAAUAGGUUGGCGGAAGAAAGAAGGAAAAAAUUGCAAGAAAUGGAGAAACAAUUGGCACUGUUCCGCAAGCAGAUGAAUGACAUGAAGCGAUUGGAGAAGCAGAGGCAACAAAGUGAGGAGAUGCAGAAACGAAUGCAAGCGGAAAUCGCGGAAUUAAAAAAGGCCAAAGUCCGGAUGGUCAAGCAACAAAAAGAAGAGGCUGAGAAAUACCGCCAGUGGAAGAUAAAACAUGACAGAGAGCUUCAUCAGUUGAAACAGAAGGAACGUAAGAGAGACAUAGAAGCUGCACGGGAAAAGCGUGUGCAUGAUCAGCAGAUGAUGGUCUAUAAGCAAAAAUUGGAAGAUGCCAGCCGAGUGAACAAGCGGCUGCAAGCUCAAAUGGAGAAAGCUGCCGCAUUUUCUCGCGAGAAACCAGAAAGUGAAAAGGCGUUGAAGAACGCGAAACACUUCAUUGAAGCUGAACUUGCUCUCAUCGGUAGCUCUUACGAGGCGGAGCUGAUGUGUCAAUCGUUGAAAGAUCAAAGACGUCAGCUUGGUAAGAAGAGGGCUCGUCUGCAACGUGAAAAAGAUGCCUAUAAAACGGAACCGUUACCUAAGCGGCGUUCUACUGAACAAGGGGAAGCUUACCCUCCAGAAGUGGAAGAAGCCUUGAGAAAGAUUGAUGAAGAACUCAAAAAUAUCGAUCAGCAGCAGUUGCUUUGCAGCCAUGAACUGGACAAACUCCAGCAUGGAUGUACCGCCAUCGACAUCGAGAGUAGAGGCGAAACUAGAUGGAAAGAUUUGUACACCGUUGUUGCUGCUCGCCUUUACUUGAAAGUCUUAUUUGAUCAGGCCGCACAUGAGCGAAGAACAGUGAUCGACAACGAAAAGGAGAUCAAACAUUUGCAGAAAAGAAUGAAAGAAUUUGAAGCUGCUAUGCGUGAUAUGAAGAAGAAACAUGACGACCAGCUCAAUGAAGUUAAAGAAAAGAAUAGAAGCUUAGCGGCGGAGUACGAUAAACAGAAGACCGAAGCUGAGAUGCAUUUCCUCAACUUGAUGGCAAGGAUGAACGCCUGCGAAAUGGUGGAUCAUGAAACAGUGGAAGAGUUCAAGCGAUUGUGCGAGAAUUUUGAGCAUGCUAGUCGUAUUCGAAAUCAAGUCGCCAAGAAAGAGUCGACAUCUUCGUCAUCUUCUGCGAAACCGAAACGUCUAAGCCGAUCGCGAUCUUCAUCGUGCAUCAGCCCAUCAGUAGUUAUAACAACUGAACAAGAAAAACGCACCCGUGCGAAUCGCGCACGAAUUCACCGAUUCGGAAAUGUGAAGAAUCCGAUCGAUGUGAUCGAUACUGAGGACUCGGAAGAGGAAGAAAGUGUUGCCGAUACCUCGUAUCAUCCUAAUUUCGAACAUCAUGCACAUCAUGGUGAAAAGAGAAAGACAAGGCUUAGCGUGGUCACCGAUCUAUCUCCUAUCCCUGAUCUCACUAUUCAACACGACAGCACCGGGGAGAGCACGAUGUCUCCACGAAGUCGAAGACAGUCCAGGCUUCUACAUCACCCUCCUGCUCCCAUUUUCCCGGAAGAAAAAGAGAACAUAUGUAACGAAACGUUUCUAGUGGAUUCGGGUACUUCGAGCACCACAGGUCAUCCGGAUGCAGGGGACUGUGCUCCUGAUGAUCCAAACCCGCUAAGAAAUGCCACACUCGUGUCUGGACUUGUUCCUGAUCUGGAUCCCGAUCUUGGCCCAUUGUAGAGAGCUCAUAUACUGGUCGCUGCCUACUUACGUCAUUUCUCAAACCUGUUUUGGCCCCCUGUAGAUUUUAUAAUUCCAAACUUAUAUCGCUAAUUUUACCAGAAUUAUCAGUACGGUUCUGCACUUGUAAAUAUAUUAACUGCUUUACGACAUAAAACUUUAACCAGAUGGUCAUGUGCUUU